ACAGCUGGAGGUUGCAAGAGGACAGACUGCAUGAAGAUGGGAGGCCGCGUCUGGAUGGGAAUGUUAUUGCUGGCAAUUGGGCUUCAAGCAAUCCGGGUCCCUCUGAAGAAAUUCCCAUCCGUCCGGAAUCGGUUUGGCCAGUCAGGCCUGCCCAUUGCUGACCUGUUAAGACGAGGAGGUCUCAGGGCUGCAAAGCCCCCUAAUGCUUCUGUCACCUACCAACGUCUCCACAAUUAUAUGGAUGCACAAUACUAUGGGGAGAUCUUCCUUGGGACGCCAAAACAGAAGUUCACUGUCGUCUUUGAUACUGGGUCUUCCAACUUGUGGGUGCCCUCCUCCAAAUGUUGCCUGACACAUCUGGCAUGCUGGGUUCACAGUCACUACCGGUCCUUGUUUUCUUGCACCCACGAAGCGGACAAAUCCGAAUUUGCAAUCCAUUACGGAAGUGGCAGCCUCAAAGGAUUCUUGAGCCGGGAUGUUCUUACUAUUGGCAACAUGACCAUUCACAAUCAGACAUUUGCCGAGGCGACAGACAUGCCAGGCCUGGUUUUUGUAGCUGCCAAGUUUGACGGUAUCUUGGGCCUGGGCUAUCCCAGUAUCUCAGUGAACAAUAUCACCCCACCUUUUGAUCACAUGAUGAAGCAGAAGAUGCUCGAGAAAAACAUCUUUACAUUUCAUCUCUGCAACACCAACUAUGUCUCACAGGACCAUGGUGGAGAAAUUACCUUUGGGGAGAUCAACCACAAUGCCUACGAGGGGGACAUUCAGUAUCACUCUGUAUCACACAAGGCCUACUGGCAGAUCAAGAUGGAUAAGGUGACGGUGGAUAAAACCACAGAGAAAAAAUGUUGGCCAUGGAAAAUAUUCGAUAGUAGCUCAGGGAAGAUAUGCAAGGGUGGUUGCAAUGCAAUUGUUGACACAGGGACUUCUCUCAUCACGGGACCUAGUGACGAGAUCCGUGAGUUGCAUGAGGCUAUCGGGGCUCAACAUGCCUUUGGAGGGCAGUAUUUGAUAGAGUGUGAAAAGAUGUCUACAUUACCGAAUGUGACUUUCUACCUUAGUGGCAAACCCUACACUCUCACCCCAGAAGUAUACACACUCAAGGUCACCCAGAUGAAAAUGACUGCUUGCGUCAGUGGGUUCAUGAGCCUUGAUAUUCCUGCUCCUAAUGGUCCACUCUGGAUUCUGGGUGACGUCUUCCUCCGUCAAUAUUACUCCAUCUUCGAUCGAGAUAAUGACCGUGUUGGCUUAGCCAUUUCCAAAAGAACUCUUUGUGGCUCCUCUGCUGAAGCAGGAACUACUGUGGCUCCCACCGUUCAAAGUACCACUGCCGCCAGCACAAAAACCCCCAAAGUGGAUGGCGCAAGCUUGCAAUGCUAGCUGCCUUGUAUUUUCGGGGACUGAAGACAGGAACUACAAGGGGGGCUGUGGGAGGAGGGAAGGUUGCAUAGCAGCACUUGUGGGACCAGGUUUCCUGCGUGGAAUCUGCAGUCCUCAGAGAAUACCAAUCUCUACCUUUUUUAAAAAAAAAGUUUCUGGCUCUUAUUAUUCCCAAGAAAAGGAUUGCCAAGUUCCAACCCGGAGACUUUCUCUUUGCCUUAAAAAUUAUUGCUGAGUUGAGAACGGAGGGGAAUUUCUACACUUAUGCUUCCUUGCUGGUUUUCAGCCAUCCUUCUGUGCGUGUGGUGUGGCACUACUUACAGUGCAGCCCUAAACAGUUACAUAAAGCACAAUGGGCUUAGAAGGGUGUUAACACUGUUUAGGACUGCACUGUUAAUCUUGUUUGCUACAACUUGAUGGAGGACCCAAUAACCGGAGGACAUUCAUUUUGGUCAGAACCUUCUAGGAUAGUAGUAUGAUAAAUCAGGAAAGUAUCUACAACUCACCCAGUAAAUAAUUAUUUGUCCCUUUCCUGGAUAUCAAUUUGACAUGACCAAUUCAAACAAGGCGGGGGGGGGGGCGGGGGUGCUACACCUCAAAGAUCUAUAUAAGAUGUUUCAUGGGAUAAGAAGGGAUCUUUUCUCUUCUUACCUGUCUGAGUUUCUGCUAAUUCUAUCUCUCUGCUGAAAGCCUCCCGUGGGGGACUGCUCCAAGGAAGUGAUAUCUGGCCAGCUCACCCUGUUUGUUAUUCUACUCUUGGAAAUUGGUAAAAUUAUUUAACAUUUAUCUUGUAGCAUGCAUCAUAUGGACAAUACUUUUUAAAACAUUUUUAUUUAUGCAUGACCCAAGAAAUGAUAACUAUUUUGUGUAUCCUGAUAAAAAAACAGUUAAGGGCA